GUGCGGGCCGGCGCGGCGGGGAAGCACCGGAGGGCUCAGUCCGGCGCCGACUGCCGUCGAGAGAGUGCGCGUGCGCGCGGUGUCUGGCGUGACGUCACCUCCCCUCGCGCCCCUCGCUAGCCGCGGUGACCCACCCCCGGGGGGCAUGGUGUCGGCGUGACCGCGGGCAAGACCUCGCGCCGACAGGAGUCAUGAGGGUCCACGCGCGGACCUGGCUGGCGGUGGUGCUCUUGCUGUCUGCACUCCGCCUGAGCACCACCGGGCUUCUCGACUGGGGACGUGCAGACAGGCUGCAAGUCAACAUUCCCUGGCUUCCGUUCGAGAACGAAACCCGCUGCUACGACGAGCUGGGGUGUCUGAACGUGACCAGGGAGUGGUACCACCUCAUCUACCGCCCCUUCAACGUGUUCCCGCUGCCCAGGAGUGUCAUAGACACCAGGUUUGUUCUCUACACAAGGAAAAACCCGUCAGAGGGCCAAGUAUUAAGGGUCCAGAAUGAUCAUACUAUCAGGAAAUCUCAUUUCGAUCCCAAGAAGAAGACCAAAUUCAUAAUUCAUGGCUUCAUCGACACUCCACUCAGCAAUUGGGUGAAGGACAUGCGGCGGGAGCUGCUCAAGGCCGCCGACUGGAACGUGGUGGUGGUGGACUGGGCGGGCGGCUCGCUGCCCCUGUACACGCAGGCGACCGCCAACACGCGACUCGUGGGGCUGGAGAUAGCACACCUCGUCAACUACCUGCAGGACAACAUGGGGCUGGACCCGGGAGACGUGCACAUGAUCGGCCACAGCCUGGGCGCGCACACGGCGGCGUACGCGGGCGAGAGGAUCGACGGGCUCGGCCGGAUCACGGGCCUGGACCCCGCCGAGCCGUACUUCCAGGGCAUGCCGAGCAUCGUGCGCCUGGACCCUUCCGACGCCAGCUUCGUCGACGUCAUUCACACCGACGGGAAGUCCAUCUUCCUGCUGGGGUACGGCAUGAGUCAGCCAUGCGGGCACAUCGACUUCUACCCCAACAACGGCAAGGAGCAGCCCGGCUGUGACCUGACGGAGACCCCGCUGCCCCUCACGCUGAUCCGGGAGGGCAUAGAGGAGGCGAGCCGGGUGCUGGUGGCGUGCAACCACAUCCGGGCCAUCAAGCUGUUCAUCGACUCCAUCAACACCAGGUGCCCGUACGUGGCGCACCGCUGCGACUCCUUCCAGCACUUCAUGCAGGGACGCUGCUUCUCCUGCCGGGAGAACUCUACCGCGUGCGCCCUGAUGGGCCUGCACGCCGACCAGGCGGCCGCGGUGACCACGCAGCUGCCCGUCGGCAGCAAGUACUACUUCAGCACGGGCAAGGACUACCCCUUCUGCCGUCACCACUACAAGGUCACGCUGGACCUGGCCAAGCCGCCCCGCGCGGAGUCCUGGGUUCAAGGCUACAUGAAGAUCACGCUGCACAGUGAUAAUGGAGUCAUCAAGAACAUGGACCUCACCCCAAGCGGGUACGUGCGGCUGGAGCACGGGCAGGUGCGCAGCUUCGUGGCGACCCACCCGGCCGACGCGGGCCGCAUCCACAAGGUGGAGUUCUACUGGGAGUACGACAUGGAUGUGCUGCAGCCGCGCUCCCUCUGCCUGUUCUGGUGCAACGACCACCUGUACGUGUCGUCCAUCGAGGUGGCCGAGAUGCGCAUCUCCAGCCGCAGCAAGCGAGAGACGGACGUGACCAGCAGGCUGUGCACGACGGGGAAUCGAGAGUACGCAGACAUCGCGUCGCGCUCCACCGCGGUCUUCUACGACAAGUGCGCCUAGCGACGUUCCGCGGACACUAAGCAUCUGCUGUGACGGCGGGUGCGCACUCAUCCCCAAUAUUUGGGGCACCGAAUACCAGCUGUGCACCACGUUAGUGGCGGGCCAAAUCACAAGUCAUUAACGCGGUGACUACGUUUUCACAAACAACUUUGGCUUCCCUACUUAAUGAACAUUCAUUUGAACAUUUGAGUGCAAAAAUUUUUGUCUUUUCCUCUAUGCCUUACGUAAAUAUGCAAUUUACUAAUGAUUUUCAUAGUUUACAUUGUUCAAAAUAAAUGUAAAUGUAAAAUUUGAA